CCCAAUAUUAGGAGUACUUCCAUUAAGAUGACAAUAUUGGGGAUUGACUCCGCUCAGAACUGCAGCCACACAAUUUACAGAUGUGAUCAUUUUCGAAGUUAGACUGGAAUUCUGGAAUACGGGUUUAGUAAUUUUUUACCAUGUCGGAUCCGUCGCCUAUGGAGCGAUCUUUACCGGUCGUCAGGCGGUUAAGUUACGCUGUUGGACACUUUUUGAACGAUCUGUGCGCCUCUAUGUGGUUUACCUAUUUACUGGUUUACUACCACUCAGUGCUGGGCUUCCCGAGCACCUAUGCAGGUGUUUUGCUGCUGGUGGGUCAAAUAGCGGACGGGCUCUCCACCCCCCUAGUUGGAUACGAAUCUGAUCGAACUCCAGGAUUCGCAGCCUAUGGCAAAAGAAAAACAUGGCAUUUAGUGGGGACCCUUAGCGUGCUUGUUUCCUUCCCCUUCAUCUUCAACCCAUGCCUGGGUUGUGACGUGAACACCCCACACUGGGUGGGUCUCACCUAUUUCAUCCCCUUCAUCAUCAUCUUCCAGUUUGGCUGGGCCUCCACCCAGAUCUCCCAUCUCUCCCUCAUCCCAGAGCUGGUGUCCGGUGAGCAUGCCAAGGUGGAGCUGACCGCCUGCAGGUAUGCGUUCACCGUGGUGGCCAACAUCACUGUGUAUGCCGUGGCCUGGUUACUCUUCCACUUCCAGGCUCAGCAGACUGACAAUCCUCUCAUCUCCGACAGUCUGGGCCGUGUCGACAUCCCCAUAUUCAGGGACCUGUCCCUCAUCGUGUUGGCUAUUGGAACGGUGUUCUCUCUGGUCUUCCACCUGGGCACCCGGGAGACAGGCCCUGCCCAGGAGGAGUCUGGCAGGGAGGAGGAGGAGGAGGGCCAGCCUCUUCUCUCUCUGAACCAGGAGACCUCCUCAUCCCAGACUCUGCUGCAGUGGAAACACUGGUUCAAGGAACCUGCCUUCUACCAGGUUGCGUUCCUGUACAUGUGUACCAGGCUGAUGGUCAACCUAUCCCAAACCUACAUGUCCAUGUAUCUGACAAACGCCCUGCUGUUGCCCAAGAACUUCAUUGCUACCAUCCCCCUGGUGAUGUAUGUCAGUGAGUUUGUGUGCUCGCUGGUCAUGAAACCAGUCAGCAAGCUCAUAGGCAUUAAUAUGACGUACUUCCUGGGCCUGCUGCUGGUGUUGGGCUUCUCCUACUGGGUCCUGGUGGACGUGAAGAUGGGUCAGCAGGUGUACGGGGCAGGGGUGCUGCUGGGGGCGGGCUCCGCCACCGUCCUGGUCAUGUCGCUCUCCAUGACGGCACGUCUCAUCGGGCACCAAACGCAAAGCGGGGCGUUUGUGUACGGGGCGAUGAGCUUUACGGACAAGAUGGCCAACGGCCUGGGAGUUAUCAUCAUACAAAGCUUGCACCCCUGUAGCACAGAGACUUGCUGCCCAGCCUGCGUGUGGUUCUACCGUGAUGUCAUGGUGAUUGUAACCGGUGGCGUUGCCCUGGCAGCGGCUGCGUGUCUGUGCACCAUCCUCAUCUGGCCGAUCAAGAUCCGCCAAUGAAAGCUAAAUCCGUGGGGAUUUUAAUACGAUGUCUCCUUUUUAUGCAGUCUUUAAUAGUUCAUAAUAAAAUCCUCUAUUGCUAUGCUGUAUACAUUGAUUUGUAUCAAGAAUGGAGAGAAGUUUACAAGUUCUGAUAUUCUUGUUUCAAUGACCCAAAUAUGUUGGUUCUUAGAACAGGGCAGUUUGCAGGGAACCUACUUGGAGAUUUAUUUGGGGGGGAACUUCAGUUAUUCGACCAGGGUGAAAAGAACUUGCAUCGCCAUGUAGUGUCCAACUACUGAACUACAUUUGAAAUCAAACUCACCUCAAUGACCAUGAAGUCAGUUCACUGAAUUCAUUGUCGAGGCUUAAUUUAAUCUUAACA